CCAGCAAACACUCGAGUCGAAACUAAUAAUUAAUUACCAUUUUCGAUCGAUCUUCUUCGAUCGUCGGCUUGGCGAUGGACAGAGUGCUGCGACUGUCAUCGCAGAAGGCGGUGGUGAUCUUCAGCGUCAGCUCCUGCUGCAUGUGCCACACGGUGAAGCGGCUGUUCAUGGAGCUGGGGGUGGACGCGGCGGUCCACGAGCUGGACCAGGACCCCAAGGGCAGGGACAUGGAGCGCGCGCUCGCCAAGAUGCUCGGCCGCACCCCGCCGGUGCCGGCCGUCUUCAUCGGCGGCAACCUCGUCGGGCCCACGGACAAGGUCAUGUCCCUCCACCUCGGAGGCAAACUCGUGCCGCUACUGCGCGACGCCGGCGCGCUCUGGCUCUGACGGCGCCCGGCGAACGACCAAAACGAAAAUAAUUAAGGCCCGAGUUUUGAAUUUUGACGCUGCCGAUAGAUUACAGUAUUAAUACGCUAGUUAACAUGGCGAUAAGGAUCUCUCAGUUCUUGUUUUUGGCCUUUAAGACACCGCUCGAAGUGUACAUUAUCGAUCGAUGUACCGCUCAAUUACUGCAUUUGCAACGAAAUACUACUCAAACGAAUAAUGCUCUACCA